AUGGACUUGCAAGCAAGCGGGCUAGAGACAAGGAAAGCCAGCCCAGCAGCUGCAGUGCAGAUCCAGGCAGUUCCAUCGGCUGCCGAGCCGCCAGCACCAGCACCCGCUAGCCUUCCGCAGCCAGCGCAGGCAGGCAUUAGCCGCAGACAGCUGAGCAGUCAGGCAGCCGCAGAGGACAUCGUAAAUCGCUGGAAGGGGUUCAGGCUCAGGGCAUCAGCCAGCCGCGAGGAGCUAAAGCGCUUCCUACAGGACAGGCAGCAGCGGCCAAACUGCACUUCAAAAGAGUCACUGCUUGCGAGGGUGUAG